AUGGAGGAGAUGUCCGAGGCAGAAAUGUUUGGUCGCAGCCUGGGGGACCGAUCUCUGGGGACGUCGGCAGGCGUAAAGCACGGCCUCGUAAAGGAGGUCCUGGUGGGAGUCCUCAGGUGGGGGGGCAUCGACUCUGCAGAGAAGAUCUUAUCCGACGGUGGCGCAUUGCUGGGCGAAGUAUUCAAGCGAGCGUUCAUGACCGAUAAAAAUGUGAAGCGUGCUGGCGAGGAUGUCGACGCCGAUGCUGACAUGAACGCGUUUUGGAGAGUCAUGGGCAGUGUCAUGGAGAACGCCUUCAACACCGACAUCACCGAUAUCUUCGAGCAGGUGUCAUUGCCGAAGACAGCGAGCAAGCUCGAGCUCCAGCGGCGCGCGUGGGCCAUCUACGCACACGCAGUUGAUAUCAAUGUUCCCCUUGUGGGCGCCGAUGGGAAGAGGUGGCUCGUCAGCAGAGACAAAAAGCACAGCGACCGAGGGGGAAAAUCAUCCAUCGAGCAGAAGAAGGAGUCCAUGAAAACGCGUGGCAUGAUCUGGGGCACCGGUGGAGGCCCCUUUCUCGCGCAGCUGGAGGGCCAGCCGAUCGUCGGAACCAAUGUGGAAUACGAGUGCCUGCGUUGGGCGACUCGCGUCGAGGGCUUGCAAACAGCUUGGUCCGAGGACGACGCCAAGCAGAUCAGGGCAGUUCAAAUGAGUGUCAGCAGUGGGCUUCAUCAUGCUACCAUCUUCACCCACAGGACGCCACCCCUCGUCAGGGUCUGGCUCAAAGACCUGGGCAACAGCGAGAACAACAGCGGCACUUCAGUUACAGCCCUCGAGAAGAUGAGGGGCGCGGCCAUGGUGGAGCAUGGCUUCGACCAGAAGAAGAAGGAUAAUGGUUGGACAGUGGGGAGUGUCGGCCAGAGCGCACUGGAGCAGAACAAGUCCAGCAGGCACAAGCUCGACAUCAAUGGCAGUCGGCAGACUUUCUGGCAGUACUUCGAGCAGUUCGCGAUGGAGAACAUCGAUUUCACGAACAAGUUGCGCGACACCCGCGCCUUGCUCUGGGCCUCCAUGCACUAUGUCUACAAGGCCUUUCGCACGACCUUCAUCGCUUUUCUCCAGAAAUUCAAGGCUUUUUUGGAGAAGAUCGACCCCAACAACGAGACGAUCAUGAACUACGUGGUGCUUUGCUGCAUUGCUGUGGUCCAGGGGGGCGCGAAGAUCGAUGGGAAGGACAAGCAGGGCAAGAUGGCGAACGCCAACGAGGUCAUCAAGGGCUUCUCGCAGCUUCGCAAGUUGAUCAAGCAAGAUAUUUAUCGCCGUGCUCGCUUUCGUCCUCGUGUCAGCGAUGUUGAUUUCCCAACUGGCGAGCUGGGCGCCCCCGAUGCAGCCAUGGCGGGGCCGAAGCCAACUGAGCAGAUGGGGGAGCAGGAGAUCGAUGAGUUCUUCUCGCAGCACAUCGGGGUGUUGACCACCAUCGCUGGAUGCAUGGCUGUCAACAAGCCGAACAUGGGCAUCAGCAUGCACAUGGGGGCUGCCCAAGCCAUGAACCAGAUGAUGAUGGCGAUCGUGAAGUUCACCAGCGAGGGCUGCAAGAAGAGUGAUGGCCAGAAGCUUGUGGUCGACACUGUUGUGAAGGGCUCGUUGGAGGUCUACCCUUCCAGCGCCGACGAUGCAUUCGAGAUGGCAGUGAAAUUGCAGAGCAACAUUGAUUUCCAGAGGCUGCUAUCUGCCAACGAGUCGGAGUGGGCCAAGAACAUGAACACCCUGAUCACCUACUCCAAGAACGUUUGCAGCUUCUUAGAUGUACUGAUUGCUUCCCGGCUUCUCCUUAUCUGCCACUCGUUGCUGGCUUUCUCCAAGAUGAAGUUUAUGUCGAAGGGCGAUGUCGAUGCCAACUCGUCGCUGGAGCCGGUGCCCUAUGUUCCAGCACUUGUGGCAGGCCAUGCUCAGCAGAUGGGGGAAACCCUUGUCAUUCAGCAAGAUGGGUCUGUCAACCAAAAUUCAGUGCUGACCCUUUUUCUGGAUUGCUUGCAGGAGAAGCAGCUCAAGUUCAACGAAGUUGCAGGUGCUCUCUUCCAGUCGUCGCACGAGGCUGCCAUCCACGCAGAUACCUACGACCCAGUGCAGUUCGAGAAGUCCAGGGGAGAGUAUCGCAGGAUGUUGGAGGGGUGCCCAGACCCCCGCCUGCUUUCCAUAUGUGCGAAGGAAGAUGUGAAGCUCAGGAUGCCCACGUCUCGGCAUACGGCCGAGAAGGACCGCUCGAUCCAGGAGAUGGUUGCCAAGUUCGAGGGUCGGCACCCCAACGAGAUGAAGUCCACCGCCCUCGCUGGCGCGAGUGGCUUGCAGGCUAUCGUGUCGGUCGCUCGUGAGAGGCUGCUUCCCCCAGCCGAUGCAGUCGUGAACCAUUCGGGGAGCGUGGCCCCAGUGGAAGAAGCCGACCAGGACCAGGGAGACCAGAGCAUGAGUCUCGGGGCAUGGUACCAGGGCGUGGUCGACGACGAGACCGACGAGACCUCUCCUGGUAAUGCUGAGCAUGUCGUGGGGGAGUUGGUGAAGAGGAUGGCGGUUGCAGAGGUUCAGAAACUCAUCUUCAGCAAGGCGAUCGAGUGGAAGGAGAAUGUCGAGGCCAACACAGGCAAAGCCCACAUCGAGAUCAAGACAUCUUCGGCCCUCGCGCACGACCCUGACAACCAGAAGCCCAGCGACUCCUUCAACAGCAAGGCUUGCAUCGUCCAGGGUUCGGAGGGCAUGGUGGUGAUACCAUUCUGGGGGAAGGUUAUCGAUGCCACAAACUUGCCAGUCGCUGGCAAGCCGAACAUGCUGGAGCUGGGUGGACCCAAGUGCAUGAAGCUGAUGAUGGAUGGUAGUUCUUUUAUGAAUGCGAGGCGUGCAGAUUGCUGCCCAGCAUGGUUCGUUCGAGUUGAGCAGCCUUCUAGCACGAGCGAGGUUCAGGCUGCUGCUGAGGCUGGCGAGGCCAUUGCAGCCGAGCCUGCCCCUGUCCCUGUGGAUGGGCAGGCUGCUGCCGAUGUAGGUGUAGAUGCGAACCCUGUGCCCUUGCCAGCUGCUGGGGCUCCUGCUUCGCAGCCCAGUGCACCCUCUGGCAAGGCGGCAGCAGGCAAGAAGAAAAAAUCGAAGGCCAAGGCGAAGGCCAAGGCCAAGCCUGAGUUGCCAAUUAAUUUCGAGGUGCACUGGGAGUCUGCAGCUGUGAAGGCAGGGGGCCUGGAAUUCCAGGUUUCGCUGCCAGUGUUGAAGUCGGCGCAUGGGCAGGGCAUUAAGGACAUUGCAGUUCGCAAGCCCACCGAUUUUGAGAAGCUGCAGAAGCCUGCGAAGGCUCCAGUGUCCAAGGCGAAGGGCAAUUUCGCCCUGCUGCCACCGCCCCCGGUGGGGGCCGGCGACUCCGCUGCAGGGCACCCGAUGGGCUGGGCCGUGUGGCCGCCGCCGCCGCCCCCUCGCGGGCGCAAGCGGCCCCACGCCGGCGGCGGUGGCGCCUCGCGCGAGCCGCGUGGGGCCGAGGGCGCCGCCGAGGACGACGACGAGCUCCGCGCCUGCGUCGAGGACGAUGAUGCGAUGGCGUUCCUCUUCGCGGCCGCGCAGGCGCUUGGGCCGACUGUCGCUUUGCUCUCGCUUCCGGUCGAGGUGCCCUUAUGCUGUGUUGUCGGGCUCUCGCUCUGGCCUCUGGUCGAGGCGCUCUUUUGUGGGAUGCCCCUGUAG